AUGAUGCAAGCUUUUGUCCCUCGGAUUAUAUCCUCGAUGGCUCCGGCAGCUAGCAAGUACCUUCCAGGCGAUGCUCAUAACUUGUGUAUCGAGUUGGCCAAUAGCAUGGAACUCAUUGAAGACGACUUCAAUUUCCAGACUUUCAUCGCAAUGUACCGAGGACGUUACGUCCAAAAGCCAUUGCCGCAAAGAGCUGUGGUUGAGCUAUGCUUGCUUCAUGUUUUGAAAAUGCCCUUCGAGCUGAAUUCUGCCAUCCAGAACUCGCUUAUACGUUACUGA